AUGGCCUUCCUCAUCGGCAGUACGGAGCCAGUACUCCAACGCCUCACCGUCCCCGCCGUCUGUAUUCUAAUCGCUUUCCUAGCCUACACGUCGCAAUGGCUAUUCGCUAAUGCACCGGAUCUUGCCCCGGGCCCCCUCACGACCGCCGAGAUCUACACUUUUAACGGACUUGUGUUAUGUUUAUGGUAUACAUACUAUAAAGCAUGCACAGUUGACCCAGGCCGAUAUGUCUUCCCGCCGGGUUAUAUUAAGAACAAGAGGAGGAACACCAACGACUCAGGUGAAGAAGAGUUGGAUCCGCAACAGAUGCAUCGCUGGUGUAAGAAGUGUGCAGCACCCAAGCCGCCUCGCGCGCAUCACUGCAAGACAUGCCGUCGUUGUAUUCCCAAGAUGGACCACCACUGUCCAUGGACCUCCAACUGCGUUUCCCUGCAGACCUUCCCGCACUUCCUACGGUUCCUCGUGUACACCAACCUCUCCCUCUGGACCCUCCUCACUUUCCUCUUCCGCCGCUUCUUCGCCCUCUGGGAAACCCGCCACCUCCCUGCGUAUCUCGGGCCCACGCUGACACAACUCGCGUUGCUCACCGUCCUGACCUUCGCCACGAGUAUGACGAGUCUAGCCCUAGGUAUACUCUUAAUCACCACUCUCAAGGGCUGGCUCUUCAACACCACCAUGAUCGAAAGCUGGGAAAUCGAACGCCACGAAUCCGCGCUCGAGCGCCGCUACGAAACCUCCCACGACGACACCUACUCCUCAUGGUGGGGCUCAGGUGAACAUGCCCCCGGCGGCGACCGCGAAACUCUCGAUCCCAUCGAGUUCCCCUACGACAUCGGCAUCUUCGCAAACAUGGCCGCCGCUAUGGGCACACGCGACCCUCUACUAUGGUUCCUCCCAUUUGCCGGCGAGCCAAGAAUCGCAGCCCCGAAAAAAGAUGAGAGUGGUAGCGGCAGUAGUAGUGGUGACACAAUAAUAACAAUGAGCGGUACGGGCUGGUCCUACGAAGAAAACGGCCUCAACGACCGCGAGGGCAUGUGGCCGCCCCCCGACCCCGACAAGAUCCGGCACGCGAAAGCCUGGCGCGCACGCAAGCGCGAAGCCGACCGCGCGCUACAAAGAGCGCGCUUCGACGACCCGGCCAACCCUGCCGACGAACGGGAGGCGUUCCGCCGGCGGCAGGAGCAGGAUUUGCGGCGGUGGGAAGCGUCACGGUCGCGGAUCUUAGGAGAGUUGGAGGAGAUGCCCCCGGAAUACUACGAUGAUAACAAUAACAAUAACAACGACCACGAUUAUGAUUUCAUCGACGAGGCGUACGAGCACGAUGGUAGAUCACGACCGGGACACGCUACCGCGGUUAUAGUGGACGAGGGAAAAUCGGGCUGGGUAAACGCUGAUGGUGAGCACCUGGGCGACUACGGCGUAGACGAAGACGCCGAGUUCGACGAGCCGGCAGUGGAACGGCCGCGGCGAGUACAGGAGGAACUCAUUCGUGUAGAAGAUGAAGACGUACCUCUUGCAGAACUGAUGCGCAGGAGAAAAGUACGCACGAAAGAUGAUGACGAUACGUGA